CAUGGAGCUGAACCAGACAUCCCCACCACCUACAUCACCUGUCCCAGAGAUCAAUGAAGAAGUGUGCGCAGUAGAGGUCACCAAAAUGGCCAUAGAUGGUGUCACGCUGCUCAUUUGCCUCUGCGGGCUGGUGGGGAAUGGGGCUGUCCUCUGGCUCCUUGGCUUCCGCAUCCGCAGGAACCCCAUCACUGUUUAUGUUCUCAACCUGGCUGUCUCCGACUUCAUCUUCCUCAUCUUCACAGUCACCUCGACCUUCCACUACAUGAUGGAAAACAUCUGCUCUUCUGUUUUGUCCAAUGUGUACCCGACAACACUCUUCCUGCUCUCGCUCUUCUCCUACAACAUGGGCUUGUACCUCCUGACAGCCAUCAGCAUCGAGAGGUGCAUGUCCAUCCUCUUCCCGCUCUGGUACCGUUGCCACCGCCCCCAGCACUUGUCGGCUGUGGUGUGUGUCCUGCUCUGGGCCCUCUCUAUCACCGUCAUUGCUGCAGUGACUUCUCUGUGUCUGUUGUCCGAUGAUGAGCACUGCCGGAUAGCUCUCAUCUCCAUGUACAUCCUCAACUUCUCUAUCUUUGCCUCACCCAUGGUCAUUUCCAAUGUCAUCCUGUUCAUGAAGGUCCUAUGUGGCUCCAAGCAGCGUCAACCUAAGAGGCUCUACAUCGUUAUCUUUCUCACUAUCCUCUUCUUUCUCACUUUUGGGGUUCCCCUUAGCAUCUUGAAUUUCUUCCAGCAGUUUUACUCCCUCCUUGUGUCUGCCCGGGUUCUUUUCCUGCUCGCCUGCGUCAACAGCAGCAUCAACCCCUUCAUCUACUUCUUGGUGGGGAGCUACCGGAGGCACUGCUCUUUGGUGUCCCUCCAGGUUGCCUUCCGGAGGGUUUUUGAAGAAACGGCAAUCACCACGAUCUCCAGCUGAGAGGCCACUGUGCUUACACCAGCCAUGCUGCCCACCCUGGCUUCACACUCAUCUGCCCACCUUUGCUCCUGGUUGGGCUUGCAGGUCACCUGUCCUGUGGCUGAGUGUCAGGUUGCAACCGAUCUCUUAUCCUACGUUGUUUUGAUCCCACCUUGCCCCCAUCCCAUCCUAUCCCCAUCCUAUCCCAUGCCUGCUUCUCAAAUAGUUCCCAUCCUCAUCUCUAUCCCCAUCCUCUUCCCCAUCCCCAUUCUUAUGACAUCUCAUCCCCAUGCAAACCUCAU